GCCCCUGGAGAAGUCGGUGACCAUCCGGUGCCGGGGGCCCCCGAGGGUGGACCUGUACCGCCUGGAGAAACUGGGGUCCAGGAGGUAUGAGGACCAGGCCGACCUCUUCAUCCCGGCCAUGAAGACCAGCCACGCUGGACGCUACCGCUGCUCCUACCAGAACCGGUCACGCUGGUCGCUGCCCAGCGACAACCUGGAGCUGGUUGCUACUGGAGUCUACAGGAAGCCCUCGCUCUCCGCGCACCCCAGCCCGGCCGUGUCCCCCGGGGGCGACGUGACCCUGCAGUGCCGGACCCAGUACGGCUUUGACCAGUUCGCCCUGUACAAGGAGGGGGACGCCGGGCCCCAUAAGCGGCCCGAGAAGUGGUACCGGGCCGACUUCUCCCUCAUCACGGUGACGGCCGCCCACAGCGGGACAUACCGGUGCUACAGCUUCUCCAGCGCAGCCCCCUUCCUGUGGUCGGCGCCCAGCGAGCCCCUGGAGCUCAGGGUCACAGGAGCCUCUGAGGCCCCCACCCAGUCGCCCACACAGGCACCUUCCUCCACGACAGAAUCCUCCAGGACACCCAGCAUCUCGCCCAUGAACAUAGGCUCCACAAUUGUGGGGGCCCGUGGAGCCUCUCUGGGGGGAGGAGCUGCACCCCAGCUGGAGGGGACAGUAGGGUCUGGGUCAGGGAUUCUGUGGCCUGCGCGUGUCCUGGUUUGGCCUCCGCCACGGCGCCUUCUCCCCCCAGGUUUCGCCCGCCUGCACUACGCCAAGGGCAACCUGGUGCGGCUGUGCCUGGGCGCCCUGGUUCUGGUCCUCCUGGCCGGGUUCCUGGCCGAGGCCUGGCACAGCCGGAAGAAACGGCUGCCGCUCCGGGUCCGAGCCAUGCACAGGCCGCUGCCCCCGCUCCCGCACGCCCUGAGGUCCCCUGGCUGCCAGCACGGGGCCCCGCCAGGUGCUCAGAGGCAGGGGCACCAUCACUAGGGCCCGGCGGGGACUUGAGGCAUGUGUGUGUGUGUGUGUGCAUGUGUGUGCGCGUGUGGGGUGCAGGCAC